AUGGUGGGUCGCCGGAAGGAAUUCGCCAGGUCUGCUCACGGAAAGGUGACGCCUCGCGGAGGAAGGAGGCGCGCCGGUUGCAGGUCGCGGAAGGAGGAUGAGACUGAACACCGUCAGAACACCUCAAGACUUCGAGCUCGUCCGAACGACCUCACGACCUCGACCCGACCUCACGCCCGACCUCACGACCUCGACGACCUCGACCUCGCCUUCACUCUUCACGACCGAACACCGUCCGGGAAGUUCCACCUCACUCUUCAUGACCUCGCCUUCACGAAUCUUCACGAUCUCGCCGGAAUCUGA